CAUCAAAGCCUUGUUUUUCACUCAUCCAUCUCUUCUUCUCCACCCAAAGCCUCCUCUCUCUCUCUCUCUCUCUUUCUCUCUCUCUCUCUCUCUCUGAGGUGGGAGUUGCAGAGACCCAUCAAUGGAGAAUACUGUAAAAACUCAAGACAGAGAAAAAACAUCUCCCAUAACCUCUCCAAACAGCAAUGGAAGCAACUGCAGCAGCAGCAGUAACAGCACCGGCCUCCAAAUUCAAACCCCACCACUGACCCCGAAGCCCAUCUCUAGAUCAGAUUCCAAUCCUUACCCAACAACCUUUGUCCAAGCUGAUGCCAACUCCUUCAAACAGGUGGUUCAGAGGCUCACUGGAUCCUCCAAACCAACCCAAGAUCCACCCGCUAAGGCCUGCAACAUACCACCCAUCAGAACUGGACAGAAGAAGCAAGGAUUCAAGCUGUAUGAGAGGAGGAGCCAGCUCAAGAACGGCCUCAUGAUCAACCCUCUGGUGCAUGGCUACGUGCAAAAUAAUUCAGGGUUUUCGCCUAGAAAACCUGAGAUCUUGUCCCCCAGUUUGCUGGAUUUUCCGAAGCUUGUGCUCAGCCCAGUUACACCAUUGACGGAAGACCCCUUUAACAAGUCCUCAGAAGAGAAAGCCAUAGCUGAGAAGGGCUUCUACCUCCACCCUUCACCCAUGUCCACCCCUAGGGACUCUGAGCCUCAGCUUCUGCCGCUGUUUCCGGUGACCUCCCCUCGAGUUUCCGGGUCGUCUUCUUGAAGAAGAAGUGUAAUUUGGGGGGGACUGUAAUUGAGAGUUGUUGGAUGAUUUGCAGUGGCAGGUAGAGAUCUUGCUGCAAUUGUACAAUUUGAUCUCUCUCCUCUUUUGUUUGAUUUUUCAUUGACAAGUACGAACAAUAUGGAGAUAGAAUUCUUAAGGUGGGCUUUCUCUUCUGGGUUUCUUUCUUUCUUUCACUUUCUCUCCCUAAUUCUCAAUAUUCCCAUGGAUGCAUUUUUUUUUUUCCCUGGAUUUUGUGAGAAAUUUUCUUUGUCC